UUUAUAAUUGUUUCUUUCUUCUCGCCAAACACCUGUCCCCUUCAACUUUUUCCAACAACCGUUCUUCGAAGAAGCAUACCUCAUACAUUGUCAACUUCUAUAACCAACAUCGAACAGAUCACAGCUCACCAUGGUCAAACUGCGCUCUGGAACGGGGUACACCUCUGCCUACAAAGGCAAAGGCGCGGUGCUCCCUCCUCCACCUGACAAAGAGAUUCUGACCUUCGUCGAUCUCGAUGCGAUCGAACUAGGCUUCCGUCCACAGUGGGUGCAAGACAAGGCCGCGGCUGCGAAGAAGCGCAAGGCCCGCGUCGCAUCCGCUCCCGUCAAGGUCAAGGUCUUCGAUGCCGCGACUUCCGACAACAGCGACUCUGAUUGCGAGGCUGACGAGGAGAGCGAAACGUCUGCAACUCCCACUAAGAAGCGUAAGCUCGGUACUGACGGCGACAAUCUCACCAAUGUUUCCACGCAACCCGCUCACAAACGGGCCAAGCUCUCGAAGAAGCAGCUUGCCACCCUCCUCUUUGACGACGAUGAGGACGACAUCGCUGCCUCUAACCCUCCUCCGGCUGUCGCACCCACUCACGAACCCUUGGAGAGUGCCAACAACUCUCAUGAGGACUCUACAGCUACUAACAAUGCCAACAUGUUCAACGACACAUCUCCUACAUCUCCAGAACCCGAUACCGAAAACAAUUCUGUCGACCACGUUACCGAGUCUCAUGAACAGACUGCGGCCUCUGAUAUUGCUGAAGUCUCCGGCGUGGCUACUGACGCGUCCAACCCAUCCAUAAACACCAACACUGACGACGAUGUCACGUGUAAUAUGACUGAGCCCUCUGAGCUGACCACUGAGGCCAUGACCACUGAAGAGACCGUCGAAAACAUUGUCGACGCGUCCACUACAUCGUCGGAAGCUGACUCCGACGACGACUCUGUCGACCUGGUUACCGAGUCUCCUGAACAGACCGCAACCACUGAUGAUUCGGGCAUUGCUACUGGCGCGUCCACUUCAUCCCCAAACACCAACACCGAUGAUGGUAUCACGGGAAAUGCGACCGACACCCAAGAGCCAACUACUACACCCACCAACAAGGAAGAGCACAAGCGCCAUGCGCCCGAUGAUUUGAAAUCACCAUCUCCUAAGCGUUUGCGUCGCCGUUUUUGCAUCGACGAUGACUCCGAUCAGGAAGACUCCGAUCGCGAAGAACCACACAAGCGGCAUGCAUCUGAGGAUGAACUGGACUCACCACACCCUAAGCGUCGGUUCAUAGAGACUGAUACUGAAGAAGAUGUCGCCGAAGAGACGACCACUGGAGAGUCACGAAAGCGCCAUGCAUCUGAUGAUGAUCUAAACUCAUCGUCCCCCAAGCGUGCUCGCCCCGAAGAACAGCGCAAGCGUCAUGCGCUCGAUGACUUGGACUCACCAUCUCCCAAGCGUUCUCGCAUCGACGAAGGCCUCGGUCAUGGUGGCUCCGACGAGGAUAGCUCUAACCACGAUGGCUCUGGUCACGGAGAUUCCGAUCAUGGGAACUCCGAUCACAAAGGCUCCGAGGAGGCUGUCGGCGGAGAGACAGCCACUGAAAAGACUGCUGGCGUAAAUGAAGGCAAGCGCCACGGGUCCAAUGAUCUAGACACACCAUCGAGCAAACGCCCUCACAUCGACAUAGAAUUCGACUCGGAUGGCAGCAAUGCGGAAUGGUAUACUCCUUCUAGCCCACCAUAUUCAGAUACCGGGGCUGAUGAUGGCCCAUUUGGUAUGUUUGGAGGAUGGAUGACUGUUAAUAGUCUACGACAUGCCGAGGACCCGAACGAUAUCGCCGAUGGAAAAUUUCCUCCUUUUAGCCCGUUACAGUCACAUGCCGAGGAUGAUGAUGGCGCGGAUAAUUUGAUGGACGGACCAACUGUUCUGUCUGAAGACGAAGAUGCGCACUCCGUGAAGGCUGGAGAGGACGCAGACUCCGCCCAGCUUACAGUCGAGCACAAAAAUGUUGAAGGCAACCAACAGUCCGCUAAAGCUGGUAAGGGACCGGAACCAAAGCAAGACGAGAUCGAUGAAGACAAGCAUGAGGAGGAUGAAGCUUGGAAGCUCAUGUUCGCAGCCAUGAAUCCAGAGGGCCACCAUGCGAGGGGUGUUAAGCCUGAGGAUUUGCCUGAAGAUGAACGCGAGAUAGAGGACGCCUGGACUAACAUGUUCUCUGCCUUGGGCCACCUUAAAAACGAAGAGAAGAAGCUGAAGCUUGAGGAAGAAGCGCGCAAGUUUGAGGAGCGGCUUCAGCGUGGACAGGAAUAUGAGCAGGAAGAGAUUGAGCUGGCGAAGGAGAAACGCAGGCGAGAGAGGGCAGAAGAACGCGCUGCUCUGCGCCAAAUAGACCCACAACUCCGGAAGAGGGUCGAAAGGAUCAACAAGACGGUUCUGAAGAACGGCUUUCCCCACAACAGGUCUGUUGGUCGCGGAUGGGCUUUCCAGGUCGCACGCGAUGCCGGCGUCGAUAUGCCCGACGAGUAUCCCGCCUACGAUCCUUUCGCGAGUGACAAGGAGAAUGACGUAAACUGGUCUCGCAAGAAGAUGAAGAAGAUCCGCGCCAUGAUCGCAGAGGAGAUGAAGAUGGACCCUAAGGACGUUCAGUUGCCAGUUGACAAAGAGUCCAUUGACCUGAUCGCCUUAGAGGCCCGCUCAGUAGCCCGCAACGCCCGCGCCCGGCGCCGCCGGAAGCUGAUGAAGGACCUCAAAGACAGCGCGCGGAAGGGCAUCGGCAGGAUCACGGUCGAAGAGGCGCUUGAGCUCGACGCCACGUCGCGCGAGGCCUGGUUCCGCGCCGACACGAUCACACUAAAGAAGCUGCAGCGUCUGAACCAGGCAUUCUCCGACGUCUUGAUUCAUAUCUUGCGCGAGAAGCAGGGCUGGACGCGUGGCAUCCCCUGGGAAGCGCGCGUCGCGACCAUCGCGAUAGAGGAGUGGACGAACACCAAGCCGUGCUUCAGCGAGCACAAUCAGUUCAAAGGCCACCCCGGCAUCGUGUCCCAUCGGUACAAGCGCGGCUCCACGUUGAUCGUUUACGACGCAAUUCCACCCGAGACGCUGUUCCAUGCCCUCGUGGCAACGGCUAAGAAGGCCUGGCUUCGCGGCUCGCGGUUCAGAGAUAUUAUCAGCGAUUACACGAAGAAGGCUUGGGGAGGCCAGGGCCAGGAGGUGCCGCAUGAGAUACCGGAGGGCGUGAUCGAGUUCGUUGAGAACUAUGCGCGCAUUGUUGUAAACUGGGCGUUGAGAAAGGAGGGUAAGUUGCGGGAGGGCCUGCCCGAGGAAUCCUGGGAGCAGUCGAGGGCUGGUGAGACUGUAAGUUUGACUGUUUCUUUUCCGUUCGACGGGAUGACAUUUCUUCACUGACUGUUUGAUGUAGGAGCUUCGAUAUUGAAAGACCCCGUACCGUAGCUCCGGAGACUGA